AUGGCGAUCCCCGAGAGGCUCACCGGGGGGUUUGAACUGGCCAAUGGGCGAGCUCCCGACCGGGUGUCGGAAAAGGAGGCGGAAGCGGGGAGGAGUCGCCGUUGCAGCAGGACUACAUCCGCCGCGGCGUCUCCAUGGCACGACCCUGGCCUCCGAGUUCAACGACUUCAUAAGGAGGCGUUUCUGGGCGCAGCCGUGUCGCUCCUGGACAGUUGCUGUGCGACUUGGACAGUAGAGAGGAGCGCCUCCCAAGUUUUCAUCCAACUGCCACCCCCAAAGCUUCCACCCUCCUCCCCUCAGAGAGGACGUUUGAUGCCCGGCCCCUGA